AUGGCAAAGACAUUUAGCAAAGAAGAUGUCGCCUCGCAUAGCAAGGGCGACAGUCCCUGGAUCAUCAUUGACGAAGAUGUCUAUGAUGUUUCCAAGUUCCAAGAUGAGCACCCUGGUGGAAAGAAAAUUCUCCAGCGAGUAGCCGGAAAGGACGCUUCAAAACAGUUCUGGAAGUACCACAAUGAGGGCAUUCUGAAGAAGUAUAAGCCCAGCCUGCAGAUCGGUUCAUUGGAUACGAAGAAGGCGGCACCGGCACCGCCCCCAGCCCCAGCCCCGAAGAAGGCUGCCGAGCCGAAGCCUACCGCCUCUUCGUCUUCCGUGACACCGCCUGCCACCGGCACGCCCCAAGACCCUUACGGAGAAUUGAUCCCCUUCGCCGACCCUUCAUGGUACCAGGGUUACGCAUCCCCCUACUUUAAUGAAUCCCACGCCGCACUGCGAGAUGAGGUCCGCCAGUGGGUUGAGUCCGAGAUCGAGCCAUAUGUGACCGAAUGGGACGAGGCCAAGGAAGUGCCCGCGAGCGUCUACAAGCAGAUGGGUGAGCGGGGCUACCUAGCAGGACUGCUGGGUGUCCACUUCCCUGAGAAGCACACCCCGCACCGCGUGAAGUCUGUAGCACCAGAGCGGUGGGAUUUGUUCCACGAGAUGCUGCUGACCGACGAGCUGUCGCGUGCCGGCAGCGGUGGUCUAGUAUGGAACCUGAUCGGUGGCUACGGAAUUGGCUGCCCUCCAUUAGUCAAGUUCGGCAAGAAGGCGCUAGUCGACCGAAUCCUGCCGGGUAUCCUAGCCGGCGACAAGCGUAUCUGCCUCGCCAUCACUGAGCCUGAUGCGGGAAGUGACGUCGCAAACUUGGGUUGCGAGGCCAAGCUUACCGAGGAUGGCAAGCACUAUAUCGUCAAUGGCGAGAAGAAGUGGAUCACCAACGGUAUCUACUCUGAUUACUUCACGACCGCAGUGCGCACUGGCAAGGACGGUAUGAAUGGCCUCAGCGUGCUGCUCAUCGAGCGCGAAGCUGGUGGUGUCAGCACCCGCCGCAUGGACUGCCAGGGUGUGUGGUCCAGCGGGACGACCUACGUCACCUUCGAGGACGUCAAGGUGCCCGUGGAGAACCUGAUUGGCAAGGAGAACCAGGGCUUCAAGGUUAUCAUGACCAACUUCAACCACGAGCGCAUCGGAAUUGUGAUUCAGUGUGUGCGCUUCUCGCGUGUCUGCUAUGAGGAGUCCGUGAAAUACGCUCACAAACGCAAGACCUUCGGCAAGCGUCUCAUAGACCACCCGGUUAUUCGCAUGAAACUCGCUCACAUGGCCCGCCAGAUCGAGUCCACCUACAACUGGCUCGAGAACAUCAUCUACCAGUGCCAGUCCAUGGAGGAUACCGAGGCUAUGCUUAAACUCGGUGGUGCCAUCGCUUCACUGAAGGCGCAGUCUACGCAAUGCUUUGAGUUCUGCGCUCGCGAGGCUAGUCAGAUCUUUGGUGGUUUGAGUUACAGCCGCGGCGGCCAGGGCGGUAAGAUCGAGAGACUGUACCGUGAUGUGCGUGCCUAUGCUAUUCCCGGUGGCAGUGAGGAGAUUAUGCUUGAUUUGAGUAUGCGCCAGAGCUUGCGUGUUCACAGCAUGUUUGGCAUGAAGCUAUAA